UCAAGAUCCAUCUGCCUUAAACAGGAGGGCUUCGACACGCUCGCCUGGUACACCGUACAUGCGCAGUUUGCGCACACAUGGAGCAGACAUGACGCACACAAGCACCAGAGCGAAGCCUCGCCCAGCCGAUUGUUUUCUCUCCUGGGACAAAAACACACUAAGUGCAGGGAAACAUCGAAGAGAGCUGGUUUACAGAAAUGUUGUUCAACAUAUUCCUUUUCUGCGUCUUCUUUGGGACCCGUGUACUUCACUCCGAGAAAUGGGGGACCCAGGAAGCUACUGGUGGAUAACGGUCAGGCAAAGGACCCCACCGUCAGCGUUUCGAUGAGCUCAGUUAAGAUCAAAGAUUUGAGACAAAGUGGAACGUUUUCAGGCCGAUCUGAAGUAGAGGACGUCAUACUGCAAGUUUUGGAUUGUGCUAGAAGAGUCUCAAGGAUUUACAGGCACGCUUACACCAUCGAUCUUCCUCCAACCACUGAAUUCCUGGAGUACACUUUGGAUUACGAUUCAGACGAGACAAAGCUCCUGUGGAAUCGCAGCGACCCACGGUCUUUUAAUGGAGAAAGGGGAAAGAUGACGACUCUUGGCUGGGAUUUUACCACCCUCACUCAGGAAGACAACGGCUUUUACAGCCUCAGGGGAAAAGACAAGACUUUGCUGGAUAGGAUAAUGCUCACAGUAGAAGGGGACUCACAAUAUUAUGAACUUAACGUUGGCGAUCGGCUUCUCAUCUCAAAUCCAUAUACGGGCGACUCGUGGACUGUGACCUUCACCCCUGCGGGGGAUGAUGAAAAACAAAUAGUGAUGGAAGGAGGUUACCUGGCCAUGAUAGAAGACUGGGAGCUUUUUAGCGGGAGAAUUCAGCUCAGGCGGAAAGCCAUUGAGAUAGAUCCUGUGGAGAUCACAGAUUCCGGCACCUUUGAGUACAGAGACCCACAUGGCAACCUGGCCCAGGUUGUGAAGGUGGAGGUAAUCUUUGAACCUGUUCCCACAUAUGUCUAUGCUUCUAUUGCUGGUGGGAUUAUCUUAGCGGUGAUUCUCUGCUGUUGCUGUGUGAGGAAGUGCUGUUGUAAAAAGGGCUCUUCUAAAAGGGACGAGUCGGCGCCGGCUGCUGUGUAUUACCAUGAUCAGAAUCAACCUGCAGGCCAAAGUUACUCUGCUGCCCCUGCUCCAGAUGACUCUUAUCAAUCAGUGAAUCCUCCUGCUUCUAGACAACCUGCAGCUACCUCCGCUGGGCCAUCGGUGCUGAACCCAGUGAAUAUCAAUACGACUCCCCUUCAACCAAAGGUUUCAGCUCCAGGAGGGCAGGGAGACGCUCCAGCUCCGUCACUCGGCUCUGAUUGCCUCUCCUCAGAACCUCUGCCAAUGUUCGAGCUGAAAGGGCUGACCUUUCCCUCUGCUCCCCCACUCGGUUCAGAAUCAACUAUCAGUGACGUUUAUACCUCUGAUAAACUCAACUUUCUGUAAGGGGCACACUGAAAAUAUAAGAGUUGAAUUCAGUAUUGUGCCUCAUGACUCGCAGGGACCAUGUAGACUGUAAGAAUCAAGAUAUCUUUCACAGUAUGUUGACUCACGUCCAGAGUCAUCCGAAGUCAUCGUGUGGUGUUUCCUCUUUCAAUAUAAAAACAUCCACACAUUUGAUCAAAGUUGAAGGCCAGCACAGUAUUAAUUGCUUUUUUUUUAAUCAGUUAAUGAUUGAUAAUGCAGUAUUGAUAUUAAGGAUGUGGCUGAGAGCGAAGCAGUGGAGGGUCAAAAUAUGAAUCAUUUGAAGCCUCUUCCUACAGAUGAUCAGUAUUGGGCAGUUUUUACACUAUCUUUCUCCCUUUCUUUCUCGAGGAAAGAAAACGAUGCUUAUUCUGUGUACCGUAGCAUCAUACAGCAAUUCUUUUAUCAGGGUCCAAACACCAACUGGUGGGUAUGGGUAUUGUAUGUGCAUGGGUGUGGCAAAAAGUGAUGAACAUGAAAACAACCUUAUAAAAAUGGUGUGUGUAUGUGUGUGUGUGUGUGUGUGUGUGUGUGUGUGUGUGUAGAUAGAUAGAUAGAUGUUUUUUUUUUUAUAUCUUGUGUGUUUGGCUUUUAUCAUUCACUUUUCAGAAAUUAUAUGAGAUGAUGAUUUACGGGUGGGGGGGAUUAUGAUGUGUAACUUGUGUACAAAGAAAGCAAAGGCAAAUUUCAAUAUGCAAAAGCUAGUGUAUCAUACCUGGAAACUGCCUCAGACUUUUGUGUAUAAACGAUUGAAAAAAGUGAUAAUUGCUCCAGAUGUUUGUCUGCAUUAUGUGGUUUGUUUCUUUUCUUUACAUCCACCAGUUAAAGAAUCUGUGAACUACAUGGUGAACCUCAGGUAGCUGUGCCGGGUUUGCGAUCCUGAUCAAGGUUUAAAAAAAAAAAAAAAGUUGACGGCCAUGUUGAUGACGUGUGUGGAGCGCGACGAGUUCGUUCACUGAGCGGCUUCACAUAUAACGAGAUGGUAU